GGGCCGGCUAAUAUCUAUAUAUUUUCCCGAUUUCGAAUAGAUGUAGUCUUGUAUUUAAUGAGGACCGCCGUCGCCUCCUCCUCCUCCUCGUACUCACUGGAACAAGUCGCUCUGCUGCUGGAGAAAUGCUGCACCAUGAACCACCUUCUCCAGCUUCAAACCCUAGUCGUAAAGUCCUCCUUCGCCACCGACAGUUUCAUCCGCCUCUACGCCAAGCUUCUCACCCUCGCCGCCCUCCGCUCCUGGGGCUGCCUCCACCACGCUCGCUGCCUCUUCUCCGCCGCUCCGCCCUCCGCCCUUCCCCUGCUCUGCGACCCCAUGAUUCGCGCCUUCUCCCGAAGCAUCUUCCCGCUCGCCGCGCUCCCCGUCUACUCCCUUAUGUGCCGCCGCCGCAUCCCCCCGUCCCCCUUCACCUUCCCCUUCCUCCUCAAGGCUUGCUCCCGCGCCGCAUCCUCUCUCUUCUCCCACUCGGCCUCCGCCAUCCACUCCCGCAUCCUCCGACUCGGAUUCGACUCCGAUCCCUUCGUCCGCAACUCCUUGAUGACUCUCUACUCCCAGUUCGGUAUCCGUGACGCCCGCAAGCUCUUCGACGAAAUGUCCCAGAAGACAAUCGUCUCGUGGAAUGUCAUGCUGGCCGCGUACCUCCGGAUUGGGGACCUCAGCGCGUCCGAUGAGCUCUUUCGCUUGAUGCCGCAGAAGAAUGUUUCCUCAUGGAACAGCAUGAUCACGCGGUACGUCCGUGCGGGUGACAUGGCUUCCGCGAGUAGAGUCUUUCGUGAGAUGCCGCAGAAGGAUGCCGUCUCGUGGAACUCCAUGAUUUCAGGAUACAUCCGUGAGAAGAAUUAUGGGCGUGCCUUGGAUUUGUUCAAGCAAAUGCAGUCCAUCAAUGUGAAGCCGACGGAGAUGACGGUUGUGUCUGUUCUCGCUGCAUGUGCGGAAACUGGUCAACUGGAUCUUGGUCGUGAGGUGCAUUUCUAUGUGUGGAAGAAUGAUUAUCGAAUUGAAGGGUACGUGGGUAAUGCUCUGUUAGACAUGUAUGCCAAAUGCGGAAGCUUGAAUAUGGCCUGGAAACUAUUUGACGAAAUGCGCCUGAAGCACGUAACCAGCUGGAAUGCAAUGAUUGUGGCUUUGGCCGUUCAUGGGCAGUCAGAGGAAGCUCUAAAUCUAUUUGCCUCGAUGGAGAGGGAAACAAGCCAUGAAGGUACAAGGCCAAACCAUGUCACUUUUGUAGGAGUUUUGAUUGCUUGCAGGCACAAGGGACUUGUAAAAGAGGGACAGGUUUAUUUCAAGAGAAUGAUCGAGGAGUACAAGAUUGAGCCAAACCUAAAACACUUUGGUUGCAUGGCUGAUCUGCUAAGCCGGUGCGGUUUGAUACAAGAAGCGUAUCAAAUGAUCAAGGAGAUGCCAGUCAAAGCAAAUGCAGUGCUAUGGAAGACAGUUCUCAGUGCUUGUAAGGUCUAUGGGAAUGUUGAAUUGGCAGAGAGUGCCUACACAGAACUUGCCAAGUUGGGAGCACCGAGUGAGGCAGAGUAUGUUAUAAUGUCAAACAUCUAUGCAAAUGCUGGAAGGUGGGCUGAUGUUGGACGCCUGAGAACUGGAUUGGUAGGUUGCAGCAUCGCAAAGCCUCCCGGUUGUAGUACGAUUGAACUGAUUUAAGAGGAUAGCUUCAAAGUAUUGUGAUUGUCGUGCCGUUUUACAGCCUGAUUUCUUGGUCUGGUAAUAGCAGCCAGCUGAGAUAUCCAAACAGAAUUGAUAGAAACAAAAACAUAAAUGUUUGGCUUGGUGGGAUACAGAAUUUGCACUUCCACAUUUAAUCCAGGGAUCCUAUCUUUGGUAAUCUAUGCAGAGUUUUUGCUGGCUGGUUUAUGUUCUGAAGGUGUUUAAAGAAUGAUUUCGUCUAAAAGAUGAGAAAACGGAAUGGUAUGAAUGAUGUGGAUGAAAUAUUGAUCAAGUUGUCAUGCCUCAGAGUGGGAAGGUUAAAAUGGAUUUUGGAAGUGGGCCUUGCAACCUUGCAUUUUUGAAUAGUUGUAAGUGCAAGAACUAGUUAUUUAUGAUUUCAAUUUUCAAUGGUUGUACUUUGAUGGAUAUAUAUCUGAGUCUUGGCAAAAAAUGUGUGAAGAUUACUCCUGAAUCUAUGAUUCUGCAAUACCUAACUCUGCAACAUAAGAUGUAUGUGAUUUUGAACGAUGAUGACGAUGUGCUCAAUAUGAUACAUUUUCAUAUGUGUAAGAAACUCAACAUGAUUGAUUUGAGGGUAGAGAGCAGAAACGAACAUGUCGACGACAACUUAAAUUUAGGGAGGUAACAUAUAUUAUAUUCGUCUUCAUAUUGUGGUUUUGAUAAUAUUAUAUGUUACAUCUAGCACUUGACUUUGAACGAUGAUGAUGAUGUGCUCAAUAUGAUACAUUUUCAUAUGUGUAUGAAGCUCAGCAUGAUUGAUUUGAGGGUAGAGAGCAAAAAUGAACAUGUCGACGACAGCCUAAAUUUGGGGAGUUAAGUUGACACUAUUAAUCGCAUCAAACUGGUAUGGGUCGAGGAGGAACAAACACAGUCAAGGAGUGAUGAGGAGAUCGAAUAAGCCCCGUUGCCAAAUACUAUAGAUGCUUGGAUUAACUGCAUCCAUGGAGAAAGGAAAAAUUUUAAGGAUGUUGCUGAUUUUAGAAGACGUGUUAAAAACUAUGCUAUUGCUACAAGACGUUC